UAUUCGAUGUGCUUAUUAUGUAAUUGCAACAAACUGUCGUUUCUCAAUGCGACGAACCGAAUAUUCCUUGAAAGACUUAAGUUUUCAAACCUAGCAAAGAAGGCAAGGACUCCUUCAGUGCCUUGUAGACGAUGGCAUGCAAAGACAAACAGUGCACCGAGAGCUGGAAAAGGUGCUAUUUGGGAACACAAAGACAAAAGUCCAAUCUUAUCAGAAACAGACUCUACACUUAGUUCACUGCAAAAAGCAAUGAAAAGUGGCGAUGACUUCAUUUAUGGUGUCACUCCUGUUUAUGCAGCACUCACAGUCAAAACGAGAAAUCCUAUCAGAUGUCUGUACUUGCAAGAAAAUGCGGACUUUUCAAAACGAAAAGAUGCUGCCUUGCUGCAAAAGAUUGUGCAACUGGCAGAAGAAGCUAAUAUACCCUCAAAGACGCUAAACAAAGGAGACUUGAAUAACUUGUCUGGACAAAGACCGCAUCAAGGCAUCAUUUUACAAGCUGCACCACUACAACUGGAAUAUAUUGAGCAACUACCGUCAACUGGAUUGUCUCCAGAUGAAGCAGCACCAAUCUGGUUGGCACUUGACGAGGUUAUGGACCCUCAGAACUUGGGUUCUCUUCUAAGAACCGCUUGCUUCUUGGGAAUAACUGGAGUAGCUAUCUGCGACAAGAACUCUGCACCUCUAACUGGCACAGUUUCGAAGGCAUCCGCUGGGGCUAUGGAACUUAUGACCAUUCACGCUGUUCGCAAUAUGAGCAGGUUUUUACAAAACUCUCAACGACAAGGUUGGUAUAUUUUAGGGGCGUCUAUGGAAAAAGAAACAGUGAAUAUCGAAAAUAUACAUCCUUCUGUUCCGGUUGUACUCGUUCUUGGAAGUGAAGGCUUCGGUUUGCGAACAAACGUGCAAAAUGUAUGUAACGGCUUUGUUGCUAUUCAACAAAGAAUUUCGACUAGUUGCAACAAUAACGUCGCUUUGAGUCUUAUCGAUUCUCUCAACGUAGGUGUUGCUGGAGGAAUACUGAUGGAACAGUUGCGAGCUUCAAGAGAUAAUUAGGAAAACUGAUAAAGCCUUUUUCCACUUG